GGAAGCGGAAGCGGCGGGGCGGAAGAAGGCGGAAGCGGCGAUGGCGGCGAUGGCGGCGGGGCGGCUGCUGGAGCGGGCGCGGGCGCCGCCGCACCUGCGCUUCAACCCGUUCGUGCUGGGCGGCUACCGGCCGGCGAGCUCGGGCGCCGGCUGCCUGCGCAGCCUCUUCUACCUGCACAACGAGCUGGGCAACAUCUACACGCACGGGGUGCCGCUGGUGGCGCUGGCGCUGCUGGUGCCGGGGGCGCUGCCGCGGGCGCCGCCGGCCGUGGCCUGGCUGGGGCUGGGCCACUACGUGGCCUGCGUGAGCCCGCCGCUGGCCAGCGUCGUCUACCACGUGUUCAUGAGCCACCGGGCCGGCGCCGGGCUCUACCGGCGCCUCCUGGCCCUCGACCUGGGCGGCGUCGCCGUCGUCAACGCCCUGGGCGCCGUGCCCAUCAUCUACUGCGCCCUGCCCUGCCAGCCGGGCCCCCGGGGGGCGGCGUUGGCCGCUUAUGGGGCGCUGUGCGGCCUGGCGCUAUGGGGCGCCUUGAGCGCCACGAGCCGAGCCGGACGUUUGAUCUCCUUCGUUGGCCCGGCCCUCUUCCGUUGGACCGUGGUCGGGCUACGGGGCGCCGUGGGGCUGGGAGCUCGGGCGCCGUUGGCCCCCUACGCCCGCAUGGAGGCGCUGGCGGUACUUGGGGGGCUGGUGAACGUGGCGCGGGUGCCCGAGCGCUGGCGUCCCGGUGCCUUCGACUACUGGGCCAACAGCCACCAGCUCAUGCACCUCCUGGUGGCCCUCAGCAUCUUGCACCUGCACUGGGGCGUGGCCGCCGACCUCCACUGGGCCGCCCAGCACCCCUGCCCCACGGCGUGACGGCGCCCCGAGGAAGGGGGAGGCGGGGGGGGGCCGCCGGUGACGUCCUAUGGAGGUCCACCACCGCGUGCGGGUGACCGGUGACGUCCUAUGGAGGUCCACCACCGCGUGCGGGUGACUGGUGACGUCCCACGGAGGUCCGCCACCAUGUGUGGGCCACCGGUGACGUCCUAUGGAGGUCCACCACCGCGUGUGGGCCACCGGUGAUGUCCUAUGGAGGUCCACCACCGCGUGCGGGUGACUGGUGACGUCCCACGGAGGUCCACCACCACGUGUGGGUGACCGGUGACGUCCCACGGAGGUCCACCACCGCGUGCGGGUGACUGGUGACGUCCCACGGAGGUCCACCACCGUGCGUGGGCCAGCAAUGACGUCCCACGGAGGUCCACCACCGCGUGCGGGUGACUGGUGACGUCCCACGGAGGUCCACCACCGUGCGUGGGCCAGCAAUGACGUCCCACGGAGGUCCACCACCGCGUGUGGGUGACCGGUGACAUCCCACGGAGGUCCACCACUGUGCGUGGGCCAGCAAUGACGUCCCACGGAGGUCCACCACCGCGUGUGGGUGACCGGUGACGUCCCACGGAGGUCCACCACCGCGUGUGAGCCACCAAUGACGUCCCACAGAGGCCCACCACCGUGCGUGGGCCACCAAUGACGUCCCACGGAGGUCUACCACCACGUUUGGGCCACCAAUGACAUCCAACAGAGGUUAACCACCAUCUGUGGGUGACCAGCGACGUCCCACGGAGGUCCACCACCAUGUGUGGGCCACCAACGACAUCCCAUGGAGGUCCACCACCAUGCAUGGGUGACCAGGGACAUCCCACAGAGGUCCGCCAGCAUCUGUGGGCCACCAACGACAUCCCACAGAGGUCCGCCACCACGUGUGGGUGACCAGCGACGUCCCAUGGAGGUCCACCACCACGCGUGGAGAACCACUAACGUUCCGUGGUGGUGGUGGCCCAUCGAGCCAUCCGUGGGCAACCAGAAACAUUCGUGGAGAUGCAGUGUCACCCGUGGAGAUCUAGUGCCACCGUCCACGGAGAUCCGGCAUCACCCGUGGGCAACCAGUGCCACCAUCCGCGGACGACUGGCGCUAGCCGUGGGCAACCGGAGACGUCCGUGGAGAUCCACCUGCUGGUGGCCCCGGGCAUCCUGCACUAGAGGGUGGCCGAUGACUUCUGCUGGGCCACCCAGCACCCCCUGCCCCAUGGCGUGAGGUGCCCAUGGGGAGCCCCAUGGAGAUCCAGUGCCACCGUCCAUGGGCAACCAGAGAGCCCCAUGGAGAUCCAGUGCCACCAUCCAUGGGCAACCAGAGACCCAUGGAGAUCCAGUGCCACCAUCCAGGGACAACCACAGAGCCCCAUGGAGAUCCAGUGCCACCAUUCAUGGGCAACCAGAGACCUAUGGAGAUCCAGUGCCACCAUCCAUGGGCAACCAGAGACCUAUGGAGAUCCAGUGCCACUAUCCCUAUGGAGAUCUGUGGCCACCACCCAGGGACAACCGGAAAGCCUCGUGGAGAUCCAGUGCCACCAUCCAGGGACAACCAGAGAGCCCCAUGGAGGUCUAGUGCCACCACCCAGGGACAACUAGAGAUGCCUAUGGAGAUCCAGUGCCACCAUCCAGGGACAACCAGAGAGCCCCAUGGAGGUCUAGUGCCACCACCCAGGGACAACUAGAGAUGCCUAUGGAGAUCCAGUGCCACCAUCCAGGCACAACCAGAGAGCCCUGUGGAGAUCAGUGCCACCACCCAGGGACAUCCAGAGAUGCCUACGGAGAUCCAGUGCCACCACCCCCGUGGAGAUCUAGUGCCACCACCCAGGGACAUCCAGAGAGCUCCAUGGAGACCCAGUGCCACCACCCAGGGACAACCAGAGAGCCCCAUGGAGAUCCAGUGCCACCACUCCCAUGGAGAUCCUUGGCCAGCAGCCAGGGACAACUCAUGGAGAUCCAGUGCCACCAUUCAGGGACAUCCAGAGAUGCCUAUGGAGAUCCAGCACCACUAUCCAGGGACAUCCAGAGAUGCCCAUGGAGAUCCAGUGCCACCACCCAGGGACAUCCAGAGAUGCCCAUGGAGAUCCAGCACCAUGGGGUGCCCCAUGGAGAUCCAGUGCCACCACCCAGGGACAUCCAGAGAUGCCCAUGGAGAUCCAGCGCCACCAACCCCAUGGAGAUCCAGUGCCACCACCCAGGGACAUCCAGAGAUGCCCAUGGAGAUCCAGUGCCACCAUCGAUGGUCAUCUGAUGCAGCGGACAUCCAGCACCAUCCCACAGACGUGUGGCACUGGCCGUGGACCUCGCGCCCCCCUCGCUGCCGCCCCAUUGGCCGACCGCCCCCCUCGCUGCCGCCCCAUUGGCCAACCGAUGUCCCUGCGGUGCCACGGCCCAACACCGUCUCCAUCCCGGUGCCAACCGACGCGUCCCCCCACCCCACUCCACCCACCCAGACCCCCCCCACCCCCUUUCCCGGUCGGUGACGCCAAUAAAGCAGGGAGGCGGCGGCGCCGUGGGGCAGCGGCGCCGUGGGGCAGCCGGACCUUUUAUUAGA